AUGGUUAAGAAUGGAUAUACUAAAUUGGAUGUGGAUGCUUUGCUUCUGCCUACCCCAAGUGAGAGUAUAACUCAAUCAAAGGGGGGAAAAGUGAAUAAACCAAAAUCAAAGAGACAUAAACCAAUCAGAUCAUGUGCAUUUUGUAGGAAAAGAAAAUUGAAAUGUGAUCAACAGAAACCUAUGUGUUCUAGUUGUAAAUCUCGAGACAUGCAUGAAUGUAUAUAUACUGAUUCCAAUUCUAAACCCUCGGGAAAGGCUACAUCAAGUGUUAAUGGUACUACUAUAUCUGCAAGAUCUGCGAUUAAGAAUAGUGCAUCUUCUGAUAGCAUUAUAUCAGAUAUUAGAUAUGGUUUAAUGAAAAACCACGACCCUAAUUCUCCUGAUAAACAAAAUAGUCCCACAGAUAGUCAUAUAUCUACAUAUGAGGGCUCUAAUUUUGCUAGUGUUGCUGGAAGUGCAACUGGUAGCUCAGGAUCAGAGAUAGAUGAUAAGAUUCCAAAUCCAUUUAGAAAUUAUUAUUAUAUUCAAUGUAAGGAUAAUGGUAGAACAAUCACAUAUGGUCCUACAGCACUUCGUACAUUUAUUAUGAGAAAUAAUUGGGGGUUUAAGGAUAAAUAUAUGCAAUUGUGGAAAAAAAUUAAAUUAGAGAGAAAUACUUGGAAGAAAAAAUAUAAGACUAACACAAGGAGUGAACUUGAUUUAAUGGAACUUGAAAUUGGAGAUUCAGCAUCGAUUAUUAAUGAUGUUCUACCAUGUUUACCUGAUUUCGAUUCAAUUAAAAGCUAUAUUAAUGAUUUCUUUGAUGAAAAGAAUAGCAAUUUAUAUGAAAUGAAUACAUUUCUAGAUAAACGUAAAAUUCUUUAUGAUUUAGAAUAUUCCUUUAUUCAGGAUCGUCAAGGGACAAUUAUUCAACUAAAACCCACCAAUAAGAAAAAUUAUUUUAAGAUAGCCGUGAUCCUAAUGAUUCUAGUAUUUACAAAAUUUAGAAAUAAUAUACCUGUUCAAAUAUUUAGAUUAAUCACUUAUUUGACAGGUUUAGUAUCUCCAAAGACUAGUUAUAUUGAAAAGGCCCAAUUUUUGCUACAACAAAUUUUCUACACUUCCAGUUUUGCUCCGAAAGCAGAUGAGACGAGUUUAAUAGGAAUUGUCAGCCAAUUGACUACAUGUGCAAGAACAUUAGGUUUGCAUUUGAAUAUUAAAGAAAUUUAUAGAAAUAGAGACCUUGUUUGUGGUCAUUAUGAAACCAUUGAAAAUUUAUGGACCUGGGUAUUAUACUUUGAUUUUGAAUUGUCGCUUAGAAUUGGCAAACGUUUGGAUAUUGAUUUAGAGACGUUUAACGAUAUUAAUUAUCAAGAAGACAAUAGCCUUGAAUUAUAUGGGUAUGUGAUGAAUAAUGAAUUUGGUCUAAACAAGACUGAUCCAAACCCAGAAUUUUGCUUAAUUCCGCCACGUUUGACUUCUAUAUUACCUGAUAGUAAUAAAAAUAGUCCUAAUAGUACGCAUUCAACUUCCUCGUCAACAGAUACCAGCAAAGGAAGAGAUUUUACAAAAGAUCAGUCAUUUUUCGGUAAGAUGAGACGAUUUCUAUUUUUAGUGAGACCUAUGAUAGGUGAAUUCUACAAAAAGACAGGUACUCCAAAGGUAGUUGAACAUGGACAGGUAAUUCUCAAAUUUUUAGAUGAAGAAUUAAAGCCAAUAAAGUAUGCUACUGAUCCAGAUCUAAUUUCAGAACUUACAUUUGGAGAUAUUAGGCUAAUACUUACAAUACUCGACAUUAUCACGAUUUUCUAUUCCGUAGGAUUUAUUUUGUUAAAUCAUAGAUCUGUGCUUCUUAAGAAUAUCUCAAUUCAGGCACACCUCUUAACGUUCUCGAUUUUCAAAAAUCUCGUUAAUCAUUGUUUUGAAUUAGAUAAUAAAUAUUUCCCAGAAAUGGUUCAUCCAUCGUACAAUGGUUUAUCUCCAUAUUUAAGUUCCAGUUUAGGUCUAUCACUUCAUCCUGUUUUACAAUCACUAGGUGUCUUUUAUGCUUUCUUCUUUUUGAAGGCAACUUUAUUUGAAAACGGUAUAUUUGUCUCAUAUGAUAUGAAAGAAGUGGAAUGGGAUAUGAGUUCAUUCAGUGUUCCUACGGAUAAAUCGAUUUCAUUAAUUACUACAUUUAGUAUGUACAAAAAAAUAUUUGAAGAUUGGAUUAGUUAUGAUAAAUCGAACAAGAGGGGAUUUGAAUUGAAAAAUUUAAUGUUAAGGUCUUAUUCUGGCCUAAUUUUGAUCACUUUAGAAAAGACAUAUAGAAUCAUUGUUGAAAAGGCCUUAGAACAUAGAAAGAAGAUAGAAAGUUCGUGGAUAGCACAAGGUCUGGGUGAAAACUCAAGAAUUAUGUCUUCUAUUGGUUGUGAAUUCCCAUCUAAUUCACAAAUAAAUCAAUCAGUUGCAGCUGGUCAACAAAACCCUGUUGAAAAUAUUAGUGCCAAGCAAGCAUAUCACGGUUAUUUACAGUACCAGUUUCAACUUGAGGAGCAAAAUCAAAUCAAUGAAUUGCAAAGACAUAUUGAAAUUUUGAACGAAAAGGAUAAGGUAAACUCAUCAAAUAAAAAAAUUGAUGAAAAUAUUACUGCAAAAAAUAACAAUAUAUUACCAGAAAAUAGUAAAGAACCUAUGAUUAUAUCAAGCACUGGCGAAAAGAUUAAUGCUGUUGAAGCGGAGAGGGCACAGAAAUUAGUUGACGAUUUCUGGUCUAGUUAUAAUACAGGAUGGGAGAAAUUAUUAAAUGAUUCUGACUUGUUAUUCCAAGAUUUUGAAAAUGAAUUAUAA